AGAAUAGUCGGAAAGAACAAAAUCCUUUGCUUAACUCCCACUGCAUCUCACCAACUCUCCUUCUCUUUAGCAGCUGAAGAAACAGAAAUAGAGAGGGAGAGUCCCUUUUUUUCUUUAAUUUUGAAGCUACAAGAACAGUGGAAAUGGCUGGAGUAAAGGUGUCCGUAGCCCUUGUUUUGGUGGUUCUCAUUUCCAUCUCCUUCAAAGGGAAAGAGGUUUCAGCCCAAGCGCACCAUGUUGUAGGCUUCGACCGUGGCUGGGACCCUGAUUCGGAUAUAAAUUCUUGGUUAUCCGGCCGACUCUUCAGAGUGGGUGACAAAAUUUGGUUUACAUACUCGGCAGCACAGGAAAGCGUCCUGGAGCUUCAGAGCCUGGAGGAUUUCUUAACGUGUGAUCUAGCAAAUCCUAUCAGAACGUACACGGAUGGCCUAAAUCACAUUUCCCUUGACAGGGAAGGAAUAAGGUACUUCACAAGCGGAAACCCAAUAAGUUGCAAAAAUGGGCUAAAGCUACACUUGAACGUGCAACCUCCAGAGAAAAAUGAGAGUCGAAACACUACAUUUACCAUUGCAACUGCUCCUACAUCACCAUCUGUCUCGACCAAAUUGAAUCAGCUUACUUAUCUAUUGUUCUUUGGGCUGCUUCAUUCCUACAUUGUCUAGCUGAGAAUUUUAGGGGUGAUGAUUAUCUGGUUUAAUUUUCUUAGUGAAUUAACAGAAAGAGUUUUGAAUGGGAAUUGUUAGCUUCUCACUAUGACUAUGGUUUUUAUAGUUAUUGUCAAUCAAAGGUAGCUGAAGAAAAGCUCUUUUUAGUCUGUAUUACUUAAUAAACAUACAAUCUUGAAUCAACUUCACAAAUUUUCUACUGUUUUUUAA